GAAAGAAUUUAAGUUGCCCAUAGAGAGAGAGAGAGAGAGAGAGGUGAGGAGAGAUGGAUGGAGGUGGAGGUGGAGGUGGAGAUGGAGGUGGGUGUUGUUCUGGGAAGAAGAAGAGCGAAAGGCCUUACAAAGGAAUAAGGAUGAGAAAGUGGGGAAAAUGGGUAGCGGAAAUCAGAGAGCCCAACAAGCGGUCCAGAAUUUGGUUAGGCUCGUAUGCUACGCCGGUGGCUGCGGCAAGAGCGUAUGACACGGCGGUGUACUACCUAAGAGGACCAUCGGCACGGCUGAACUUCCCAGAGUUGUUGGUCAGUGAAGCUUCUGGCGGCGGCAGCGGUGGUGGUGGUGGUGGUAGCCUCCAUGAAUUGUCUGCUGCUGCUAUACGCAAGAAAGCUAUAGAGGUAGGUUCUAGAGUUGAUGCACUCGAGUCCUCUACGACUACCCACGACCACAACCACGGUCACGACCAUCCAGUACAAUCCGAAUCGAUUCAAUUGAAACCCUGUUGGUUUCAAGAGAAGCCAGACUUGAACGAAAAGCCCGAACCAGAGGACACAGAUGGUGAUAACUGGUGAAUCUUCAAGUAUGAAUAGAUAUCUUCCGGCAAUCUUGAUAAAGUGCUAACAUGCACCAGGUAGGCUUGAACAAGUGCUGUGUUUUAUUCUUGUUUUUGUUUUGCUUUGUUUUACUAGGUUUUUUUUUUUCGGAUAUGGAUAAAACAGUUUUGGUGGUUAUUAACUUGUUAGAGGGAAUUAAUGUAAAUUUAUUAUCCUUCUUUCAAUUAUUCCCUGGGCUGAGAUUAAACUAUGCGAAUA